CUCUACCAUGAGAUACAAUAUCACGUGGCUUAACAUACCUUUACCAUAUAUAUAUUCUCAUCAUUAGACGAUCACUGUUCUUUCAGAUGAUUUUGUUAAAAAUCACUUUUACUUGGACUAUAGUACUGAGUGGAUUUUGUGAUUAUUUUAAACUUUGAGAUAAUCCAUGGAAACAUCUAUAAAGAACACUUCAAGCAGUCCAAUGGUAUACCUGAUAAGCAGAAUAAUUAAAAGUUAGUGACAUUAAAUAUAAUCUAAAAUCUAUAUCGAAUAAGGAAUAGCUGAUAAAAAUUAUGCCAGAUUAAAACGACACCAGGACUCGGAAUACUUAAUUAAAGGAACACCUGGCAUAACAAAGGAUCACAUGAUAUCACAAAGGAUCACAUGAUAUCACCUGGGUUACAGAAUAUCUAAUUUACAAACAUGAACAUUGUAAAUCCAUUCUUUUGGAUAUGCUUGGGAAUUGUUCCAUUUGUUUGCUUCGGAAACAUUGUGAUGCUCAUUGCGGUCAGGAAAAAUCCACAAAUUUGCCAUAAUAGAGGUAUCAACAUUGCCUUUACAGUUAUGCUUGCUGUGGCUGAUCUCGGGACUGCUUUUGUAACUUUUCCGUUGAAAUCAAUGUCAUAUUUCAUUGAGUCCGACAUAAAUAAGAACCUAACAUUGUGUUUGAUUGGAAGUGAGAUCAUUUCGUUUACUGCAAUCAUAUCUGGUUUGAGCCUUAGUUGCAUUGCCUUAGAGAAGUACAUUCGGGUCUUGCACCCAUAUUUGCGGACAGAGAUCACAACAAAGAGGUGUUUGAUUAUUGUCGGGGUUAUGCUCAUCCUUGCUGGAGGCCUAUCAUUUUCGCCAGCCAUGGGAUGGAAUACUUACACAGAUGAUAUGAACGAUUCUUUCCAUUGUUCGAAAGUUACAAUCCACCCAUUGCCAUACACAUUCUUAGUCAUCACAUGCAUUUUGAUCUCAGUGGUAAUUACCACAUUUUGCUAUAGUCAAAUAUUCAUUACAGCGAGCCGCCAACAGAAACAACUAGUUCUAGAAAAAUUGAGAUUCAAGGACAAUCAGAACAACCUGGAAAGCAAGAAGAAUGAUUCAUCCAUGUUCAAGAAAUCCCAGACAAAGAAAACAUGCCAAGUACACCAUAACUGCUACAAGAGGAAUUGCCAUUUGAAAAUUGUAAAAACAGGGAUAAUGGUACUAGGUCCAUAUUUUCUUACAUGGGUACCUAGUCUAACAUUGACAGCAAUAAUACCUUUCAAGAAGGACUCUGGUAACAUGUUGGUGUAUAUGACUUUACAUCAUUGUUGCUUUAUUCUCAUCUUGCUCCAAGCCUGUGUAAAUCCUGUCACCUAUGUUUUAAGAAUGAAAGGCUUUAGACGAGCUUUGAAGAAUGUGUUUGCGAGAAACGUGAAUUUUCGUCAUGUCCAUGAGAGAAGUAACUUGAUAAGUGAGAAAGAAAAUACUUUGAACCACUCAAUAAGACACGUGUGCAUGACACUUGUUUCUCUUCACAUACAAUUGAGCAAAGCAGGCUCAAAAGAAUGCCUCUAUGUAUCCCAGUCUGAGUGACAAUUAGAAAGGCGAGAAUCUGGCUUGCCUUUGGAGGUAUGCUGGUUACAAAGUUGAAAAGUUAAUCUUUUCAUAACCAACCAAUGAGUAAAAUAAAGAAUUAAACAAUAGUUUUUCAACCAAGUUUGGCUUUGUCAAUUACAGAGUACGUAUUUAUAUUUUCAAUCUAAAUGACAUCCAUAAUAACAACUCUAGUGUCCUUAGAGACAUGCCGGAU